AUUUCAUCUCCCCCUUCGCCAUUUCCCUCUCUCUCUCUCUGCACCACUCUCUUCUUCCUCGCCACCGUUUUCCGACUGUUUUGCUGCAUUUCUGCGUUUCCAGCCGACCGCGGGGCUUUGGUUGAAUCUGUGUAUUCGAUUUGGAUUUAUUUGUCAAUUUGGGCCCAUGGCUGCUGAAUCUCAGGUUCAGUCCACCGCCGCUAGCCAGGGUGCUUCAGCUGGCGAAUCUAGAGCAAUAUCACCUCAUAGCGAUGGCUAUAUACCUAAGGUGAGGAAACCUUAUACCAUAAAAAAGCAGAGGGAAAGAUGGACUGAGGAGGAACAUAAAAGGUUUGUCGAAGCCCUGAAGCUGUAUGGUCGUGCUUGGUGUCAAAUCGAAAAGCACGUGGGUACGAAAACUGUCAUCCAAAUCAGGAGUCAUGCCCAAAAGUUCUUUGCUAAGGUCACUCGAGAUUCAGGGGGGAUCGAUGUUGAUGGAUCUUUGAAUCCAAUUGAUAUUCCUCCUCCUCGGCCCAAAAAGAAACCUUCACACCCAUACCCUCGUAAAGCAGUUGACUCUGCUAAAACAAAAGUUGUUACGUCAAUUCUAGUAGAAGGAUCAGCUGAUAUUUCUGUUAGUGAAAGAGAUAGUUACUCUCCAACUUCUGUUCUUUCAACUGUCGGCUCUGACAACUUGGAAUGUACAGGUGCCGGGAUGAGCAAAUCUUGUCUUUCACCAGUUUCGAAUGCAGCUGACGCACUUUCUUCCAACUUAUUAAAUUCAGAGAAUGAUAAUGAAUAUACAACAUCAAACUUGUCUUCAAAGGAAAAUGAUGAUUGUCAUUUUCCCAUCAAAAUAUCUCCUGCGCCAAUUCCAAAUAAAAAAUCUACUGUGAAGUUUGAGCUUUUUCCUGAAGAGACAGAACCUUCUAUGGAUUUCCGAUGUAAUGAAGAACCUCAUAUUAAGCUCUUUGGCAAGACUGUUCGUGUAAGAGAUUCUAUGAAACAGUGUCUAGAAGUUGUGGUGAACUCUGAACCAUUGCAGUCUGUCGUUUCCAUUGACAAAUCUGAAUGCAAUAAUGAAGAUCUUCUUAAUGACUCGCAUUGCAACAACUUGGGAAUAUAUAUUGAAAAUCCAUUAAAGAAAGGAGCUGAAGAUGGAUUUCGGAAUGAAGGAUCUAUGUGCAUCUCAAAAGGAGAAGUCAGUGCUAACCAAAACAGCGGUGUUAGUGAAGCAGAGACUGCAAUGAAAUUAGGGAAAAGAAAAUGUCGAGAAGGUUUUGUCCCAUACAAGAGAUGCAUUAUAGAGAAGGAUGGCGAAUCAUCUUUAUAUCAAGGGGCCCAAGGAGCUGGAGUUUGUCAUAACAUCCUUCUCUGGAAUGGAAGCUGCUCUUAGCACUCAUUGUUCUGCGUACACUUUGGCCAUUCAUCAGUUCGACGUUGCUGUUAAUUGAUUGGUGAUGUUGAAGAUUUGAAAGAUAACUUCUAGUGACUUCUAUCGGUUUAACCUCUCAAUUAGUUGGAAGCUACACUGACUGGUAGUGAAAUUCCAUUGAACAGUGUGCGGUUAGAGUAAGAUUAUUUGUUUUGGAUAUUUAUUGAUCUGUAAUCUAAGCUGUAUCUGGUGACCUGUGUAGCAUUUGUUUUAAUGGUAGCUUUAGUGGCAGUACCUUUUGAUUUAA